AAUUAGGAGCCUUGUUCUAAUUAAUCAAUCAUGUACACUUCAGUUACAAACUAAUUUUAUCAGUUAUAUGAAUUAUCUAAUAUCCUCUGUAUCUGUUAUGGCUCUUCUGAGAAUUCAUCAUAAUGGACUAUUGCAAUGUUGGUCAUCGGUCUGUCACAAAACCUCCUCCUUUAUCUUAGGUUGCUUUUCAAGAUAGACAUAUUUAUGUUACAUCGCUCGGAUAUCUGUGUCCAGAAUGCCAUUUUCCAGAACUUUGUGUUUGUUAGAUGCAUGUUUAUGUUGAACUUUGAUUUGUUUGCAUGUUUUCAUCAUAUGGUCUUAUCCACUUCAUGAUCAUUUUACAGGUAAUGAAGAGUCCAGUUGAGAAAAAGAUGCAUAACUGCAUUUACAAGUUUGUAUUUUCUUUAGAAUAUAUAAUAAAGUACCUUUUACAUCUGUGAAGCCAAAGUGAUUCCUUUCCUCUAUACAAGGAUGCAACUGAAAAUUAGUCCAAGAUAUUCUUGUCAUUUCUUUGGCUUUAAGACAAUUUUUUAAAGAAAAAGGAGGAAAAAAGCAACAACCUGUCAAUGUUGUCUAGAUAAAGAAUGGAACAAUCAUGGCUUUAUAUACAUAUGCAUUCUGUAUUUGAAAUCACAAAAGUGAGUGAUUCAAUAAAAUUUCCCUUCUUUGCUUCUGUCAAAGCUUAACUUGUCAGGUCAUGGCUUCAGGAGCAGGAAAAUCAGCAGCAUUUAUGCUUUUGAUCCUUAAUCUCUUGCUUUACUUCAUUGUUAUUGUAAUUGCUUCUUGGGCUGUCAAUCAUGCCAUAGUAAGAUCCAAAGAAACAGCAUCAACUCUGCCAAUCCCAGCUAGGAUCUUUCCUAUAUUUUUUCCUUUUGGGAACAUGGCAACUGGUUUUCUCAUCAUAUUUUCACUUAUUGCUGGAAUGGUUGGCUUCAUCACCUCACUUACUGGAAUUCAGAAUGUGAUACAAUGGAAUGCUCCCAAUUUACAUGCAGCUGCUUUCUCUUCUCUCACUACUUGGUUACUCACAUUACUUGCCAUGGGGUUGGCCUGUAAGGAGAUUGAUAUGGGGUGGACUGACUCAAACUUGAGGACCUUGGAGGUAAUAUUGAUAAUAUUGAGUGGGACACAAAUGUUCUGCACUGGUGCUAUUCAUGCUGGAAUUGGAGAUGUUGCUACUCGAGACCUUUAAGCAUAGGAAGAGUUUGAAAAGUUUCACAAUUUAUUUAUAUAAAAAAAUAUAUAUUAUUUUUUCUUUCCCUCUCAUUUACGCACCUUUAAGUUUUAAUGUGUAUGUAAUAUUUCAUAUGGACUUUGUAAAGAUGUGUAUGCCGUCUUUGUCUUGAGCAGAUUGAAGAAAGAGUCGUUUGAUUUGUUUCUUGGUCUUUUAUUGAUUUGUAAAAGUGAAUUGAAUUUUUUUUAAUUUUUUUGCUUUU